AUGCCCAAGAUCUCGCGUCAUCGUAAUUAUCGUAAGACGUAUCGUACGCCAUCACGUGCGUUUGAAAAAGAACGUCUGGAUCAAGAAUUGAAGCUUCUAGGUGAGUAUGGACUUCGUUGUAAACGAGAAAUUUGGCGCGUUCAGUAUGCAUUGUCCAAGCUGCGUAAGGCAGCACGUGAGCUAUUGACACUUGAUCCAAAGGAUCCCAAGCGUUUGUUUGAAGGUUCGGCUCUCUUACGUCGUCUUAAACGCUAUGGAAUGUUGGCAGAAGAUGAAAAUGAAUUGGAUUUUGUCUUGCGUUUGAAUGUGCAAAAGCUCCUGGAACGUCGCCUUCAAACCAAAGUGUUUAAACAGAAUCUGGCCAAGUCAAUUCAUCACGCACGUGUGUUGAUCAAACAACGUCAUAUUCGUGUGGGAAAACAACUUGUGGAUGUGCCAUCGUUCCUUGUCCGAAUGGAUUCGGAAAAGCACAUUGAUUUUGCAGUGACGUCACCCUAUGGUCAAGGUCGUCCAGGUCGUGUUGCUCGUCGCCGUGCUGCGCAGCGUGCUGCUGCUGGUGGUGAAGAAGAUGAGGAAUAA